UUUUCGUUGGCUGAGUCGACAAAGAUACUUCUUGCAGUUGGCAGGAAGGAUGGUACUGAUGAGAAAUCGGAUCCGAUGUUUAGGAUGCUAUACCGACGCCGAUCUCCCCGUCUCACUGUGCGACACACCAUCGAAGGAACAUUCCGUCCAGUGUCAGUUAUGUAUGAAGAAAAUGCUUUGGCUGGACUGUCGACUUUGUUCAUUGACGACCCAGCGAUGUUUGUUACGGGCACUAAACUAGACAUUGAUGGUGAUUUGUCUGGCACGCAGCAAAUCUCUGCUGUAGAGUCCCAUGUAUUCGUAAACCUUCACAUACCUAGUGUGACAAUGGAAAUAAGACGUCGAGGAUGGACAGCGGAGAAACGUUCUUCUUUUGAAUGGGAAGCUGGAGAGCCAUUUGCUUGCCUCAAUGUACAGAAUGUAUCUAUGGGAUUUGUAACUAGGGAGGCAUAUGUUUCGAAGAUAAAGCUUGGAAUUGGCCAUUUAGAGCUAGCUGAUUUAAUGGAACGGACACCUUAUCCUCUAGUUUCAACAGGCAAAGGAGUGUUUGCAAUAUCGGUAUGA